AUGAGGUACACCACCGCUGCCUUCACAGGCCUACUGGCCAUUUCUGGUGUCAGCGCUGGAUCUACCUCUCGUACUUCUCACAUCGAGGGCAACGAAGUUGUCGAACGUCUGAACACUGUACCUGAGGGAUGGAGCGAGAUUGGUGUUCCAGCGCCCGAGCGCAAGCUCCAUUUCCGCAUUGCAGUACGCUCGGCAAACCCAGACCUGGUUGAGAGGACGCUCAUGGAGGUUUCAACUCCCAGCCACCCCCGCUACGGCCAGCACCUUAAGCGAGACGAACUGAAGGAUCUCAUCAAGCCAAGAGCCGACUCAACUGCAAAUGUGCUCAACUGGCUCGAGCAAUCCGGCGUCGAGCCUCGAGACAUCCAGAAUGACGGCGAAUGGAUCAACUUUCUCGCUCCUGUGAAGCGCGCAGAACAGAUGAUGGGCACCACGUUCAAGACCUACCAGAGCCAGGCACGCCCUGGGGUCAAGAGGACUCGUUCGUUGGGCUACUCUGUCCCCGUGGAGGUUCGCAGCCACAUUGACAUGAUCCAACCUACUACUCGCUUCGGGCAAAUGCGCGCCGAAGAUAGCCAAGUCCUCACCCAGGAAAUUGCACCUUUCUCCAAGCUUGCUGCUGUUAAUGCCACGUGCAACACAAGGAUCACGCCUGCUUGCCUCGCGGACCUAUACAACUUCCAGGACUAUGACGUUAGCGACCAGGCCAACGUAACGAUCGGAGUGAGCGGGUUCCUUGAGCAAUAUGCCCGUUUCAACGAUCUUGACCUGUUCACACAGAGGUUUUCUCAAAGUCUCGCUGGUAAAAGCUUUGGAGUACAGUCUGUCAACGAUGGACCAUUUCCCCAGAACUCAUCGGCCAAUAGCGUCGAGGCCAAUCUCGACAUUCAGUACACAGCCGGCCUGGUGAACAUAUCAACCACGUUUUACACUGUUCCAGGACGAGGACUGUUGGUUCCUGAUCUUGAUCAGCCCGAUGAGGACGACAAUAACAAUGAACCCUACUUGGAUUUCUUCACUUACCUUGUGGGUCUGGAGGACGAAGAGCUGCCCCAAGUACUAACCACUUCGUACGGUGAGACGGAGCAAAGCGUCCCUGCCGAGUACGCCAAGAAGGUCUGCGAUAUGAUCGGUCAGCUCGGUACUCGUGGUGUCUCAGUCAUCUUCUCCAGCGGUGAUACUGGUCCAGGCUCUGCUUGCCAGACCAAUGACGGCAAAAACACGACCCGUCUUCAGCCAAUCUUCCCCGCCUCAUGCCCCUACGUCACCUCCGUGGGUGGCACUCGCGGAGUAGAACCUGAGCGUGCUGUUGAUUUCUCUUCUGGCGGAUUCUCUGAUCUGUGGCCCCGCCCAGCGUACCAAGAGAAAGCAGUUUCCGACUAUCUCGGUAAGCUCGGGUCUCAAUGGGAAGGCCUCUACAAUCCCAACGGCCGUGGAUUCCCUGACGUCGCCGCUCAAGGACUAGGUUUCCAGGUCGUUGAUAAGGGUCGACUGUCGUCCGUUGGAGGAACCAGUGCCUCAGCGCCCGUCUUCGCUUCGGUCGUUGCGCUUCUCAACAACGCUCGCAUGGCGGCUGGCAUGCCUUCACUCGGUUUUUUGAACCCUUGGAUCUACGAGCAGGGCUACAAGGGUUUAAACGACAUUGUCGAUGGAGGCUCCCGUGGUUGCACUGGUCGUUCCAUCUACUCCGGACUUCCAACCGCACUUGUGCCUUACGCUUCCUGGAAUGCGACUGAGGGAUGGGAUCCUGUGACCGGUUAUGGUACACCCGAUUUCGAGCAGCUGGUUCGUCUCGUGACUGCGCCGCAGUACGGUCAGCGCCGCGUUCGUCGUGGAGGCCUACGUGGAGAGGCAUAG